UCCAAACACUUCUCCGGUCUGAGCCGAAACAACUGUAGCUAGACAACAACCGUCAUGGGUGAAAUGGCAGAACUCACAGAUAAAUUCAACUCUUUCACCAUGACGCAAUUAAACGAGUUGCUUGAAGACGAUGAAAAACUAAAUGAUAUUGUCAAAGAAAUGGACGAGAUGCGUGAGGUGCAGCAGUUGAAGGAGCUGAUCCUAGGCAGUAACAUCAGCCUGGCUGAACAGAACCUCCAGCUGCAGCCCAGACUGGACCUGCAGAAGAACCAGCUCACCUCACGCUACCGCCACCUACAGGAGCUCUAUGACAACUACCAGCUACGGAAGUCCACACUCGACCAUGGUUCAGGGAACAGUUCUCUGGACAUUCUGCUGGCUCUGCUGCAAGCUGAGGGAGCCAAGAUAGAGGAGGAGACUGAGAACAUGGCAGACUCGUUCCUGGAUGGAGAGCUGCCUCUGGACUGCUUUAUCGACGACUACCAACGGAGGCGCCAUCUCGCUCACCUGCGCCGCGUCAAGAUCGACAAACUCCGAGAGCUGGUGCUGAAGGGUCUCCCUUGGCCCCCCCCGAUCCCCUCCCGGCCCAGCCGACCCCAGGACCUCCCCUCUACCCCCUACACCAAUGGAGCCCCCUCUCCCCAAUCCACGCGAGCUGCCCCUUCUCCCUCCCCUCAACCCCAGCACAGUGGCCUGCCCUACCCGGUCGCCCCCUAUCCACCAAUGCCUUUCCCCAGUCUGGAUGCUACAGGCUACCCCAGCGGCCCCUACAUGCACCAGCCCUACCUUCAAGCCGCUCAGCAACACCCCAUCUCCCCCUCUCCACACCUGCCCCCCCGGACUGGCUUCAUCAUGCAGUGAGGGAAGUGUCUGUCUCCAUAGAAACGCCAUGGAUGACCUUACCUGCCUUUGACCUGUAACUGUGGCACACUGGAGGGGGAGCGUUGACCCAACAAUGAGGGUUGGUGACCUAACCAAUUACAGCCCCUCUGUCAGUAACACAGGGAAACCUCCUCUGACCGGCCUCUCUGAGAGGCUCUUACAGAUAGUCCAGUAGCUACAGCCUGGACAGUAUGUUAGGGGUUGGUUCUCUUUUAGGUUUUUUUAUUCCAAGACUAACUUUCUGAUUAAUCUUCUGAACACAUAGGAAAACCUAACCAUCUCUGUCUGACUGGUAGAUAUGCUGUGUAUAUCAGCUAUGGUAACUUGCAGUAUGGAUGAGUUUUUAUAAUAAGUAGUUUUUGUAAGCUAAUGGUUUUCAAAUGUCCCUCUCCUUGACUGAAGGUGGUGUGUAUACCCUGAGGUUGGAGAAUGUGCUGUGUUGGUAUCAUAACAUAGUUAACUCAAAAGUUCCUAUGCUUCUAGAAGAAGGAGUCCUGUAUUGUCAUAAAUAUAGCUAGUCCAUCAACAAUGAACAGAACUAUUCAACAAAUAGUACAUUUUUAUUUAAAUUCAAAAUGUAUUGCAUGGCAUCGUACAUCUUUUAAAAUCAACUAAUUGGUGAGUCUUGCUUUCAUAUUCAUUGUUGGUGGGUUAUCUUUCCAGCAGGUAGGGAGGAUGUGAAAAGUUCUUAUAGAAACAGAAGACUAGGAAUGUACUGUGUUCUUUUAUAAGUAAGGAGACACCUAAAACAUUUUGGGUGGAUUUGAAUAACUUGCUGCCUAAAAUGUUCUCUUUCUUACUACACACUUGGCUAUUUUGUAUACUGGUAUAAGAGGGAGUUCUCCCAACUAGAAAACGGAUACAUAGAAUGUAUAAAAUAUUAUGAAACAUUUUAGAAAGAUUACCAUGCAUCGUAAGUUCAUAUGUCAACGUUGUCAUGUAUGCAGUUGCCCCUGACAGUAUGUAUGCCUAAAUGAAUUGUUUCCCUGACAUGCUCUCCAGCCAGGCUACAGGAGACUGUUGGACUAGUAUCAGUGAUAGAACCAUGGUUAGCAUUGGAACACUACACUAGAGAUCCAAUUACAUUUACAUUUUUAAUUCUAUGCACUACACCUAGUGGGGAAGAGAUUCAAGCUGGCUGUAUAUCUACAGUGGAUUCUCCCCAGUUGCACUUACAGAACAGCUCACCUCAAAGGAAAAAGCAUUUGGGGGAUCAAAUAUGAAAAUGGUGUAGAAAUGUUAAGGCAUUUUCAACCCCCCCCC